CCGGAAGCUGCACCGUAAUGGGUUUCCGUUCCUGAGUCGCCGUCCGCUUUCUCUCAUUUCAGUUGGGGCUCGUCUGGGGACCAUGGAGGAGCCGGAGAUGCAGCUGAAGGGGAAGAAAGGUGAUGCUUUUUGCAGAUCCUUUCCCCUUCUUUCCUAGUGACAGACAAGUUUACCGAGAGCAUGUACAUCUUGGCCAACGAACCUUCCGUCGCCUUGUAUCGGCUUCAGGAACACGUCCGGCGGUCUCUCCCAGAACUGGCCCAACACAAAGCUGACAUGCAGAGCUGGGAGGAGCAGAGCCAAGGGGCCAUCUAUACGGUGGAGUACGCCUGCAGCGCCAUCAAGAACAUGAAGGACAGCUCUGUUUACUUCAAGAGCAUUGAAGGGCUGCUCCGGCAUGCCAUUGCUGUGAAAGACCAGCUGAAUUCCCUCCGCAGGUAGCCCCAGAGACCCAGAAGCCUCCUGACGCCUCCCCGGACACAGAGGAGCACCUGAUUCCUGGGGGCGGGGGGGGGGGGCGGGCAAGAGGGCCGUUAGCCAGGCCACUCGGCCAAGACGGGGAGGUACCCUGGUCUCUGCAUGUCACCUUUUGUGUGCGCGUUAUUAUUUCUGUUAUUAAAUUUGGAGCCGAUAUUUAAAAAGCAAACAAACCCCUAUCCGGACAUGCUUCCGACAAGGA